AAUUUUUGUUCUCAGAAUUUCUGGAAAUAUGAUGGCUGCAGCGCAACAACACAGGAAAAAGAGAUCCCUGGCAAUCAGAAAAACGGAUGCUAUGAAUCACGCAGAAAGACAAAAUGGAACAGUUUUGGACCAAAUUUGGAUGCAAGGCGAUCCCUCCUCGUUUUUGAAUCUAUCAACAUCAGAAAAUCAAACAAAAUCAGAAAAUCAUCAAAAUUUGGCGGUAAUUGAAGAAGAUGAAAAUUUGAAUUAUUUAGAGAAGGAUCCAUUAAUUGAAAAUAGCGAUGGAAAUAAAACUUUAAAAAUAAAACAAAAACCAGAAGAGAGGGAAAAUGAGAGGAUCCCCCAACAACCGUCGGAAUUUAGGGAAGAGGAAAAUUCUGUUGUUUUGAGACUAAACAUUGGAGGAGUACCUUUUUUUGUUCUUGUUGAAGCUCUUUUGCAUGCUGAUCCAAGUACCUUCCUUACCAAAUUUGUGCAGCUAUCUCAUAGAGCUAAAUUGAAAGUUGCUGAUGCUUUUUUGCUCCCUGAACGUGCCUAUUAUUUCCAAAGAUCACCACUUGCUUUUGAAGCAGUUUUUCAAUACUAUGCUAAUGGAGUUGUGCACAAACCCCCUGAAUUAUGUCCUUCCGCAUUUAGUGCCGAACUUGAAUUUUGGCGUGUGCCAACAAGCUAUAUUGGCGCUUGCUGUUCUGAUUCGGUUUCACCACUUGAACGGCUUCUAGAGUCAAGUAAAGAGGAUAAAGUGGAUGAUACAAGCUUUGAGAAAUUGAGAUUUGGGCAGUUUAGACGAAGAAUGUGGACAUUUUUGGAGAGACCAGGGUCGUCUAUGCAGGUUUUCGAAUUAUCUUCAACAAUGUUUGUUAUGAUAUCAGUUCUUGGCUUAAGUUUUGGAACAAUACCUGAUUUUCAGGUUAUCGAAUACGUCUCUUCUGGAAACCAGACAAUUAUGCUUCCAAACGGAACAGAAAUAAUUCAAGAAGAUAUAGAACCAAUAAGGAUCGAACAUCCAAUAUUUGUAUUUACCGAGCGUGUUUGUAUAGCCUUCUUUACAAUAGAAUAUUUAUUGAGGCUUUUUGCGGCACCGAGAAAAUUGAGAUUUGUUUUGAAACCUCUCAAUUUGGUUGACCUUCUGGCAAUUAUGCCCUUUUAUUUAGAACUUAUGUUGACUUUAAUGGGGGUAGAUGACAAAAAGUUGAGAGAUUUGCGUUGGGCUUUUUUGGUUGUACGUAUUUUGAGGGUAUUAAGGGUUAUUAGAAUAAUUAAACUUGGACGGUUCUCUUCUGGUUUGCAGACUUUUGGAAUGACUUUGCAAAGGAGUCAAAAACAAUUGCAAAUGAUGACUAUUGUAUUGUUAACUGGGGUUGUCUUUUUCUCAACUAUGAUAUACUUUCUUGAGAAAGACGAGAAAGGUUCACCCUUCACCAGCAUUCCAGCUGCUUAUUGGUGGUGUAUUGUUACAAUGACUACUGUCGGGUAUGGAGAUGUUGUGCCAGCAACUACAAUGGGUAAAAUAAUUGCUUCUGCCGCUAUAAUGAGUGGAGUGCUUGUAUUAGCCCUACCCAUCACAAUUAUUGUCGAUAAUUUUAUCAAAGUAGCUCAAGAAGAACAACAAACAGAGCAAUUCAAAGCAGAAUUACUAGCUAUGGAGGAACAAGAAAGACAAUUACAACAAGAGCAAGAACAAAGAAGAUUAAAAUUUAAUCAAUCACAAAAAGAAAUUUUAAUAAAUAAUAGGGAAGAAAAUAGAGGAAAUAAUGAAGAUAACCAAUUAAUUAGUGGAAAACAACCCUUAAUUUUUGUAUCAAAUGCUUAA